AUGGGCACGGAAGCCACGGCGCACACCCACAGCCUGACCUCCCCUGGAGGCCCCUGCCGGCGGGAGCUGUGCGAAUGGACCCAAUGGAUGGAUGGCAGCUAUCCCAAGCCAGACAGGAACAGUGGGGAUUUCGACACCUUUGAAAACCUGCGGUCCCAGGGAUUUCAGUUCUGUGAGCGCCCUCAGCAGGUGGACUGCAGGGCACAGUUUUUCCCCAACACACCGCUGGCUGAGCUGGGCCAGGACGUGACCUGCAGCCUGGAGCAGGGGCUGAUCUGCCUGAACAAAAACCAGCUCCCGCCCAUCUGCUACAACUACGAGAUCCGGGUGAAGUGCUGCCGCACCGUGGAUCAGUGUGCUACCAGCAUGCGGGCCCCCACCGGGGCCGGCCCACGCAACACCAGCCCCCAGACGCCAGCAACUGGCUGGACUGCCAGCAGACACUCGCCAGCAGACAGCUCAGCACCUGUGCCCAGAACCAGAAACUCCACCGGCAGAACUCAAACCAGGACUGCACCUGUAACCACUAACUGCCAGCCACAGUGCAACUGGACCAAGUGGUUCAACGUGGACUCCCCCGUCCCUGGGCCUCAUGGAGGGGACGUGGAAACCUACAGCCGCAUCCUCAGGGCGGGAGAGCAGAUCUGCAGUCGCCCCGAGGAGAUCACUCGGCUGCAGUGCCGGGCCGAGAGCUACCCGGAAGCGAGCCUGGAGAGCCUGGGCCAGGUGGUGCUGUGCGACCCUGACGUGGGCCUGCUGUGCCGGAACCAGGACCAGCUGGGGACCCAGAGAAAGUGCCUGGACUACUCGGUGCGGGUGCUGUGCUGCCAGCAGCCAGAGGGCUGCCCCACCACCACGGAGGCCUCCAUUGAGAGUGUCACUCCUGCGCACACAACCAGCACCUCCUCUGUGCACACAGUCAGCACCUCCUCCAGACCCCAGACCAGCUCCUCCUCUGCGCACACAGUCAGUGUCUCCUCCGCGCACACAGUCAGCACCACCUCCUCUCAAAGGCACAGCACCACUUCUGCAUCUACAGCCAGCACAAGACCUGUGUCUACACCGCCACCAAGCCAGUCCUCAGCUGUGCCCCCUGAGUGCCAGCCACAGUGCAACUGGACCAAGUGGUUCAACGUGGACUCCCCUGUCCCCGGGCCUCAUGGAGGGGACGUGGAAACCUACAGCCGCAUCCUCAGGGCGGGAGAGCAGAUCUGCAGUCGCCCCGAGGAGAUCACUCGGCUGCAGUGCCGGGCCGAGAGCUACCCGGAAGCGAGCCUGGAGAGCCUGGGCCAGGUGGUGCUGUGCGACCCUGACGUGGGCCUGCUGUGCCGGAACCAGGACCAGCUGGGGACCCAGAGAAAGUGCCUGGACUACUCGGUGCGGGUGCUGUGCUGCCGGCAGCCCGAGGGCUGCCCCACCACCACGUCUGCCACCCCACCCAGAGCCUCCAUUGAGAGUGUCACUCCUGUGCACACAGUCAGCACCUCCUCCAGACCCCAGACCAGCUCCUCCUCUGCGCACACAACCAGCUCCUCCUCUGCGCACACGGUCAGUGUCUCCUCCGCGCACACAGUCAGCACCACCUCCUCUCAAAGGCACAGCACCACUUCUGCAUCUACAGCCAGCACAAGACCUGUGUCUACACCGCCACCAAGCCAGUCCUCAGCUGUGCCCCCUGAGUGCCAGCCACAGUGCAACUGGACCAAGUGGUUCAACGUGGACUCCCCUGUCCCCGGGCCUCAUGGAGGGGACGUGGAAACCUACAGCCGCAUCCUCAGGGCGGGAGAGCAGAUCUGCAGUCGCCCCGAGGAGAUCACUCGGCUGCAGUGCCGGGCCGAGAGCUACCCGGAAGCGAGCCUGGAGAGCCUGGGCCAGGUGGUGCUGUGCGACCCUGACGUGGGCCUGCUGUGCCGGAACCAGGACCAGCUGGGGACCCAGAGAAAGUGCCUGGACUACUCGGUGCGGGUGCUGUGCUGCCGGCAGCCCGAGGGCUGCCCCACCACCACGUCUGCCACCCCACCCAGAGCCUCCAUUGAGAGUGUCACUCCUGUGCACACAGUCAGCACCUCCUCCAGACCCCAGACCAGCUCCUCCUCUGCGCACACAGUCAGCACCUCCUCCAGAACUCAGACCAGCUCCUCCUCUGCCACCUCCUCCAGACCCCAGACCAGCACCUCCUCUGUGCACACAGUCAGCACCUCCUCCAGACCCCAGACCAGCACCUCCUCUGCGCACACAGUCAGCACCUCCUCCAGACCCCAGACCAGCACCUCCUCUGUGCACACAGUCAGCACCUCCUCCAGACCCCAGAUGAGCUCCUCCUCUGCGCACACAGUCAGUGUCUCCUCCGCGCACACAUCCUCAGCUGUGCUCCCUGAGUGCCAGCCACAGUGCAACUGGACCAAGUGGUUCAACGUGGACUCCCCCGUCCCCGGGCCUCAUGGAGGGGACGUGGAAACCUACAGCCGCAUCCUCAGGGCGGGAGAGCAGAUCUGCAGUCGCCCCGAGGAGAUCACUCGGCUGCAGUGCCGGGCCGAGAGCUACCCGGAAGCGAGCCUGGAGAGCCUGGGCCAGGUGGUGCUGUGCGACCCUGACGUGGGCCUGCUGUGCCGGAACCAGGACCAGCUGGGGACCCAGAGAAAGUGCCUGGACUACUCGGUGCGGGUGCUGUGCUGCCGGCAGCCCGAGGGCUGCCCCACCACCACGUCUGCCACCCCACCCAGAGCCUCCAUUGAGAGUGUCACUCCUGUGCACACAGUCAGCACCUCCUCCAGACCCCAGACCAGCUCCUCCUCUGCGCACACA